UUUCACUGCAGAAAACUUCCCACAGACUGGGAACAACCCAAUUUUACAAUGAAGUGCUUUCUGGGUAUACUUCUUGCCUUUGGAAUCUUGGUGACACUAUGCGAUGCGUUCUGUUUUUAUGUACGAAAUGACCCGUUGGAAUCUACCAAAGGUUGUAGUCAAGAUGGAAAGCUGCAUGGAUUUGGUACCUCUUGGACUGCAAAUUGCAACAGAUGUCACUGCAGCCAGGAUGGAAUACGCUGUUGCUCCACCUACCGUUCGCCUGGGGAUUAUGACAGGGAAAAAUGUGAAAGCAUUUUCAACAAGGAAACCUGCAGCUUCAGCGUGGUGGAGAAGGCCGACCCUUCAAAAGCCUGCAAGGUGCGUGCUUCGGUGGGUUAAUUAAGAAUCCACUUAGAAUUUCUCUGCAUAGUGCCUAUCCUUCCCCUUCUACGGAUGAUCAACAAUAGAAUGCAUCUGUUCUUCAGAGAUUCAUGAUGGUCUUUUAAGCGUCACUACUAACAGCUGGUUUUUCUUCUUGUUGAGUAGCAGUUCAGUGUGUGAGAAUGCACUGUACCUGAUUCUAUAUUGUCUCUGUUAUUCCCUGAGCUUUGAUCA